AUGCUUUUCGGGCGACCUCGGGGACAGCGUGGUGCUGUAUGCUCGGGAGGCAGAGUUCCUUCAGUGGCAAUACUCGGUCUACGAGGCGUUGUGCAUGUUCACCGCGGCGCCUUGGAAGCAUCGAAGACCUGUUCCGAACUCUGUGCGCCCACUUGA